UCUGCCCUAGUGCGCAUGCUCCGCGGGGCCACGGUUCUCCGACCGGCUGUGGUAGUGUCAGCUCCUGUGAAGGAAGUUUCCGCUUUGCACCCCACCCGGAUCACAGUCCGGUUAUAGGGCCGGCUCCCUUCGGUUCCACAUCAGCGCAUCCGGAUCAUGGGGUUACCCAAGGGGCCGGAGGGCCAGGGGCUCCCGGAGGUGGAAACGAGAGAAGACGAAGAACAGAAUGUCAAACUGACUGAAAUCCUGGAGCUCUUGGUUGCGGCUGGCUAUUUCAGAGCAAGAAUUAAAGGCUUGUCUCCUUUCGACAAGGUAGUAGGAGGAAUGACGUGGUGUAUCACCACUUGCAGCUUUGAUGUGGAUGUGGAUUUGCUCUUUCAGGAAAACUCUACAAUCGGUCAGAAAAUAGCUCUGUCGGAAAAGAUCGUCUCAGUCCUCCCGAGGAUGAAGUGUCCCCACCAGCUGGAGCCCCACCAGAUCCAGGGCAUGGAUUUUAUCCACAUCUUCCCUGUCGUGCAGUGGCUGGUGAAGCGAGCUAUAGAGACAAAGGAAGAGAUGGGCGACUACAUCCGCUCCUACUCCGUCUCCCAGUUCCAGAAGACCUACAGCCUCCCGGAGGAUGAUGACUUCAUAAAGAGAAAAGACAAGGCCAUCCAGACCGUCGUUGACCUCUCGGAUGCUUACAAGCCCCGGCGAAAGUACAGACGGCAGCAGGGAGCAGAUGAGCUACUGGACGAGGAGUCCCGGGUCCACUCCACGCUUCUGGAAUAUGGCAGGAGACACGGCUUUAGUCGUCAGAGCAAGACAGAGAAGGCUGAGGACAAGAAAACAGCGCUUGCUGCAGGGCUCUCAGCUGCAGAGAAAACGGAUGCUCACGAGGAAGAGGAGCUUCAGGCAGCUGAAGAGCAACGAAUUCAGUCACUGAUGACCAAGAUGACCGCCAUGGCAAGUGAGGAGAGCCGUCUCACCGCAAGCUCCGUGGGCCAGAUCGUGGGUCUCUGCUCUGCCGAGAUCAAACAGAUUGUGUCUGAGUACGCAGGGAAGCAGUCUGAGCUGUCCGCUGAAGAAAGUCCAGAGAAAUUAGGAACCUCCCAACUGCAUCAGCGGAAGGUCAUUUCCUUGAAUAAACAGAUUCUGCAGAAGACCAAACAUCUAGAAGAGCUGCAAGCGAAUCAUACCAGCCUCCAAGCCAAGUACAGUGACAAGAAGAAGACACUGACAGAGCUGAAGAAUCAUGGUGAGAAACUAGACCAAGAGCAGGCAGCCCUGGAGAAGUUAGAAGCCAAAGCCGACCCGAGCAUUCUGCAGAACCUGAGAGCACUCGUCGCCAUGAAUGAAAGUCUGAAAAGCCAGGAACAGGAGUUUAAAGCGCACUGCCGGGAGGAGAUGGCUCGGCUCCAACAGGAAAUCGAGAUCCUGAAAGCCGAGAGAGCGCCAGGCGAGAAGACCAUGUCCAGCGGAGAGCCGCAGGGUGCCCUGACCUCCACCAUGACUCACAAUGAGGACCUGGACAGACGGUACAACAUGGAAAAAGAGAAGCUGUACAAGAUCCGGUUACUACAGGCAAGAAGAAAUCGAGAAAUAGCGAUUUUGCACCGCAAGAUUGAUGAAGUGCCCAGUCGAGCAGAGCUGAUACAGUAUCAGAAGCGAUUUAUUGAGCUCUACCGUCAGAUUUCCGCGGUGCACAAGGAGACCAAGCAGUUCUUCACUCUGUACAACACCCUGGAUGACAAAAAGGUUUAUCUAGAAAAGGAGAUUAGCCUGCUAAACUCAAUUCAUGAGAACUUCUCACAAGCCAUGGCCUCCCCUGCUGCCCGGGACCAGUUUUUAAGGCAGAUGGAGCAGAUCGUCGAAGGCAUUAAACAAAGCAGGAUGAAGAUGGAAAAGAAGAAGCAGGAGAACAAGAUGAGAAGGGACCAGUUGAACGAUCAGUACUUGGAGCUCCUGGAAAAGCAGCGGCUCUACUUCAAGACUGUGAAAGAGUUCAAGGAGGAGGGCCGAAAGAAUGAGCUAUUACUGUCUAAGAUCAAAGCCAAGGCCUCCUGAAAAUCCCUCUCCAUUUCGGUAUGACAUUGAUAUUUUUUUAAUGACGUGUAUAGACUACGGGAUCUUGAGAUGGUUCUGCAGAUGAUGGCGGAGAGGUGCAGGAGGAUUGAUUUCAGCUCUGCAGACGGAUGUUCUCUUUCUCCUACUUGUUUCAUUUCCAUCUCUUCUGGCUACGGCUGAUGGACUCCGAGUAACACCAUGGUGUGGAUGACACACAGAACCCUACGAAGAAGCGUGGGCAGUGCCCACUCUCUCAGUCCAUUCAACUUCUGUUUCUUCGGUGACGUUGCGUUUAUGAAGGUACCCGGAUGUGAGGGCCUGAGAAUAAAGAGCUUUAUGUUCAGCAAGUAUUGAGCAACCGCUCAGAAAUAAACCCUGAGGUAAAUGCA